AUGAGGAUCAGAGAUGCUAAUGAUGAGGAGGCCCCUCUCGUGGCUUUUCCAGAGAAAGAAAAUGCUACUCCGCUAAUGGCGUCGGAUCACCCGUUGCUCGAGCGGGUUCAACAGGCGCUAUUUCAGCAGUUAUCAUCACAAAGAAAGAGAGCCGAACUCGAGUACCUAGAAAAAAGGGACCAGGACAAGCGUCUGGCGCAGCUUCAUGAAGAACUUGGCCUUCGGUUGUACAACACUCAGCAAGAGUUACUCAAGUUGCGGGAAAAUCUCGGGCAGCUGACCAGCAUAGAAGAUGAAAUGAAAGCGAGGAGAAACCAAGCAGAAACAGAUCUCGAGAAUGGAAUCCAAGACCUGGAAUCUAAGCAAAAGGAGCUUGAUAACUACGUUACCAAGUUGAACACUGCGCAUCAUGAGCUGAAUGAACUAAAGUUCGCUGUCUCGCAAGCGCAAGCCUACAACGAACAGCUGGAGGUAGACAUCAAACUCAAACGGCGGGAGAUGUACAAGGAAGAUGCAACGUUGCAGAGGCGGGAGACGGAGAAAAUGCAACAAGAUUUCUUGAUCGAUGAGCUCAAGGAGAAGCUUCGCAGUCUGAACGACCAAAAAUGUCUUUACGAAUAUCAGGCCGCAGUCCAAACAACAGAGAUUGAAGCUGCGCGAGCAGCGCUCCGAGAGGCCCAACGAGAGAUUGAGGCAGUUGCAGCGGACAAGCAGCGGCUUCUGCAGCAGUGGAGAUCCAGCGUCGUGGGGAUGCAGCGCAGAGAAGAAGCUUUGCAAAUGGUCAAGCAAAUGGCCAAGAAACAAGAAGAAAAGGAAAUGGCAGUCGAGUCGGAGGUGCGGGGUGUUCACGCUACCAUGCGGGAGGCUCAAGAGCGGAAUGAGAACCUGACAGCGCAGCAUAACACAAAUACAAGUCACAUGGAAACGUUACAGACUCAGAUUGCCAGCGUCGAACGGGAUGUCGAGAUGGCUGAAAAACAGAACGACCUUGUACAGAAAGCUGUACAAUCUACUCUCCAUGAAUGCUCAAGGGCGGAAGUCGCUGUUUCUCACUUCCGGUACCAAGUAAAGCUGGUAGAGAAUAACAUAAAAAAGGCAAGCCAGGAAAACACCGAGAUCAAUGAGCAGGUUGUAACCUUGCUUUCUAACCAAGCUACAACUAAUCGUGCAGCAGCUAAUACCUCGAAGAGGGCUCGGAAACUGAAUGAGCAGUGCAAACAGAAGGAGGAAGAGUUGGAGCAGGUUCAGAACGAUACUGCCCGCAAGAAAGUCGAAGCUCUGGAGUUGAAAGCGAGACAUGCAGGCCUGAAAGAAGACCUUACACGCAUUCAAAAGUCUCUAGCCGAGAAGGAGAAACUCGUCGAUCAGUAUGAGGCUGAGAUCAAGAAGGGUCACAUAGAAAUUGAUAAGAAGCAACAGCUGGUGGAGAAACUGAACAAGGAAUACGAUGAGAGAAGAUCCACUUUCGACGACGAAAGCGAGGGACCGUUGGAGGCAAAAAUAAAAGGCAUGAGAAAACAGAUAAGCGCUAAGGUCGCUGAGAGCACGGAUAUGCAAACAGUGUGGAUGAGGAAGCAAACCGAACUCAUCAUGAUCCAGAAUAAAACAUCAUCUUUGGAGGAAGAGAUCUCAGCAAAGAAGGACGAGCAGCUUAUCUCGCAGCAGAAGCGAAUUAGGCUAACGUCGGAGAUCGGUCUCAACUCCAAGGAAAUUAAAGAUAUGCAGAGCGGUAUAAAAGAAAUGCGCACAGAAAUGAGCUGGGUGAACCAGCUUAUUGUCAAACAGGCUGAAAAGCAACAAGCAUACGAGAAAGAGACGCAGAGCCUGACGCACGACUUCGAUAUUCGCAUGGCAGAGCAUGAGAAACUUGAAGCCCAAUUGGCUGAGACAACUCAGAGUAUACGAGACGAGAAAACCAAGCUGAAAGGUGAACUGGUUGAGGCAGAAAGACAGAUCAUGCUGUGGGAGCGGAAAAUAUUUCUUGAGAAGGAGAUGCACGAGGCACUGGAUCCAGCUGUAGGCCAGAGGGAGCUAGUUGCCAUGAAGAAAGAGAUUCAUCGUAUGAAACUCCGAUUGGAGCAGCUGAAGAAACACCAAGAGCAAAUGCUCAGCGAGAUGCAGCGAUUGCACCUCGAACUUCAAAAGGUUUGGGAAAGUGUAGAAGAAAUGCGGAGCGAGAUGAGCGGCAUUCAGGCGACGACCGUGCAGAUGAUAUUCAAGCGGUCGCUGAACCUUGCUUGCAUUGUACAGUAUCAAACGCUGGUCAAACGGCUGAACACGGCUACUGAAGAGGACACCCGAACACCCCUGAAAGCAUCCACCGUUGCCGCGGUCAAGAAACUCCGGAAUGACGCAAAAGGCCUGACAGACACCCUCAUCUAUUUCAAAAAGGAAUGCCCAGAACUCGCCAUGGUCUUCGAAACCUUUCAUGUAUGGGCAGCAGCUAUCAAUGCUGCGUCAAUGCCUCCAUUACCAGCGAGUCGAUUCUUCGGCGAGGACACCAAAGCAAACACAGCAGCCACUGGCGGCUGUGACACAGGGUGA